AAGCGACUUGACUGUUUGGAAUUUCACUGUACCGCGCAGUCUUCCGCGGACUGUGGCUACGUGAACGUCAACUGCCUUAGUUGCGCUGCUCCAGUUCCUUCGUCUUCGUCUCGUCUUUCGGUACCACCGCACAAAGAUGGUCUGCACCUGCGUGGCGUUUGUCGUGAUGGUUCUUUACAUGCUGUUCGAUGUGAACUAUUUCCUCAGAAUAUUUUUCACACUCUGCACCGGCCGACUAUUUCCGAAGAAGAAGAUCCUCGACACUACCACCGUUUACGGAAUAUGCAGCACUCAGGACUUAGACCUUGUUCUGAUGCACAUGAACAACGCGCGAUACCUCCGGGAGUUGGACAUGGCUCGGUUCUACUGGUUUGACGUCACCGGCGUCUACGAGACGUUGAGUAAAAGAGGAGGAACCAUGGUGCUGGGCGCAUCGACGACUCGAUACAGAAAAGCUCUUCCUCUUUUCAUGCCGUACAAGAUCACCACGAGGCUAAUCUACUGGGAGGACAAACAUUUCUAUCUGGAGCACCAGUUCAUCACUUUGACCGACGGUUUCGUAAGGACCGUAAGCAUUAGCAAACAGACCACGGUCGGCGUUAAGGUUCCAGCGUCGGAACUUCUCGCGGAACUGGAUCCGAACAUUAAACUGCCAGAGAUACCAAAAGACCUACAGCUGUGGAUGAACAGCAUGGAGGAAUCCUCCCAGAAGCUGCGAAAGCGGGACUGAGAAUGAUCUCACGAUUCUUAUCAUUUAGUAUGGCAUUAUGACGUACGAGUUUUUGUAUAUCUUCCGCGUUUAUCACGAAUUGUUAUUUAUUUUCUUUUGGUUAUGUUGUUGAUAAUAUAAUUUAAUAAAUCAGUACACGAGUUCGGUCUGAA